AGGCUUCCUUCCUUCCUCCCUCCUCUGUCCCUGCACCCGCUCUCCCCUCCGCCCUCCCCUCAGGUUUGCCUGCAGGUGCGUGAGCUGAGCCCGCCGGUGCCCAAAGAUGCUGAGCGGCGUCUGGGUCCUCAGUGUGUUAACCGUGGCCGGGAUCUUACAGACAGAGAGUCGCAAAACUGCCAAAGAUAUUUGCAAGAUCCGCUGCCUAUGCGAAGAGAAGGAGAACGUUCUGAACAUUAACUGUGAAAACAAAGGAUUUACAACUGUCAGCUUGCUCCAGCCCCCCCAAUACCGAAUCUACCAGCUCUUUCUCAAUGGAAACCUCCUGACAAGACUCUACCCCAACGAGUUUGUCAAUUACUCCAACGCGGUGACUCUCCACUUGGGGAACAACGGGCUCCAGGAGAUCCGGACUGGGGCCUUCAGUGGCCUCAAAACCCUCAAGAGACUGCACCUCAACAACAACAAGCUCGAAGUGUUGAGGGAGGAUACCUUCCUGGGUCUGGAGAGCCUGGAGUACCUCCAGGCUGACUACAAUUACAUUAGUGCCAUAGAGGCCGGGGCCUUCAGCAAGCUGAACAAACUCAAAGUGCUCAUCCUAAAUGACAACCUUCUUCUGUCAUUGCCCAGCAAUGUGUUUCGCUUUGUCCUGCUGACCCACUUAGACCUGAGGGGGAAUAGGCUGAAAGUCAUGCCUUUCGCUGGCGUCCUUGAACAUAUCGGGGGCAUCAUGGAGAUUCAGCUGGAGGAAAAUCCAUGGAACUGCACCUGUGACUUGCUCCCCCUCAAGGCCUGGUUGGACACCAUCACUGUUUUUGUUGGCGAGAUUGUCUGUGAGACUCCCUUUAGAUUGCAUGGGAAAGACGUGACCCAGCUGACCAGGCAAGACCUCUGUCCUAGAAAAAGCACCAGCGACACCAGUCAGAGGGGCAACCAUGCGGACACUCACCUCCAAAGGCUGUCACCUACCAUGAAUCCUGCUCUCAACCCAACCAGGGCUCCAAAAGCCAGUCGGCCACCCAAGAUGAGAAACCGUCCAACUCCUCGGGUUACAGUGUCCAAGGACAGACAAAGCUUUGGCCCGAUUAUGGUGUACCAGACCAAAUCGCCUGUGCCCCUCACCUGCCCCAGUAGCUGUGUCUGUACCUCUCAGAGCUCAGACAAUGGUCUAAAUGUCAACUGCCAAGAAAGGAAGUUCACCAACAUUUCUGACCUGCAACCCAAACCUACCAGUCCAAAGAAACUCUACCUAACAGGGAACUAUCUCCAAACUGUCUAUAAGAAUGACCUCUUCGAAUACAGUUCUUUGGAUUUGUUACAUUUAGGAAACAACAGAAUUGCAGUCAUUCAGGAAGGCGCCUUCACAAACUUGACCAGUUUACGCAGACUUUAUCUGAAUGGUAAUUACCUGGAAGUGCUGUUCCCGGCCAUGUUUGAUGGCCUGCAGAGUUUGCAGUAUCUCUAUUUAGAGUAUAAUGUCAUCAAGGAAAUUAAACCGCUUACUUUUGAUGCUUUGAUUAAUCUUCAGCUACUGUUUCUGAAUAACAACCUGCUACGUUCCUUGCCUGAGAAUAUCUUUGGGGGCACAGCCCUCACCAGACUGAAUCUGAGAAACAACCAUUUUUCUCACCUGCCUGUGAAAGGUGUUCUGGAUCAGCUUCCAGCUUUCAUCCAGAUAGACCUGCAAGAGAACCCUUGGGACUGUACCUGUGACAUUAUGGGACUAAAGGACUGGACAGAACAUGCCAAUUCCCCUGUUAUCAUCAAUGAGGUGACAUGUGAAUCUCCCGCUAAGCAUGCAGGGGAGAUCCUGAAGUUUCUGGGGAGGGAGGUGAUUUGUCCAGACUUAUCGGAUGGAACCAUUCUGUCAAUGAAUCAUAACACAGACCCGCCUCAUUCACUGAGUGUGUCUCCCAGUUCCUAUCCUGAACUGCACACUGAAGUUCCACUCUCUGUCUUAAUUUUAGGAUUGCUUGUCGUGUUUAUCUUAUCUGUCUGUUUUGGGGCCGGUCUCUUCGUCUUUGUCCUGAAACGUCGAAAGGGGGUGCCAAGUGUUCCCAGGAGCAACAACAACUUAGAUGUCAGUUCCUUCCAGUUACAAUACGGGUCUUACAAUACGGAGACUCAUGACAAGACAGAUGGCCAUGUCUAUAACUACAUCCCCCCACCUGUGGGGCAGAUGUGCCAGAACCCCAUCUACAUGCAGAAAGAAGGGGACCCAGUCGCCUACUACCGAAACCUGCAAGAGUUCAGCUAUGGCAACCUGGAGGAGAAAAAAGAGGAGCCCGCAACACUUGCUUACACAAUAAGUGCCACUGAGUUGCUGGACAAGCAGGCCACCCCGAGAGAGCCCGAGCUGCUCUAUCAGAAUAUUGCUGAGCGUGGCAAGGAGCUCCCCAGCAGUGGCCUAGUCCACUAUAACUUUUGUACCUUACCUAAAAGGCAGUUCGCCCCUUCCUAUGGAUCUCGACGCCAAAACCAAGACAGAAUCAAUAAGACCGUUUUAUAUGGAACUCCCAGGAAAUGCUUUGUGGGGCCGUCAAAACCCGACCACCCUUUACUGCAAGCUAAGCCGCAAUCCGAACCGGACUACCUCGAAGUUCUGGAAAAACGUACUGCAAUCAGUCAGCUGUGAAGGAAAAUCAUUUCCAACCCUAGGGCAUCAAAGGAUGCUGCUCCAGACUGUCACUGCAGGAAGCAUCACAUUGUUUGCUUUUGUGUUUGUCUUAGAUCUAUCCCAGCUUAAUGCUGGGAGAAGGUGAUGGAAAUGUUUGGGGGAUGGGGUGAAGCAAUGAUUCUGCGGUUGCAAGUUUUCCUUUAAAUUAUUUCUCUCUUGCUCUUUUUGCUCUUUCUCCCCCCUCCUCCCCUCCCUUUUCUUUCCUGCCCUUCUCUUCUUAGGAACCAUCAUUGAACAUGAAUGUUUCUACAAAGGAUUUUUUUCAUAUAUUUUGUUUAUGGUUUUGUUCCGUCUUUUUUUUUUUUUUUUCUCCCAGUAUGGGAAUGAAAAGAGAAGAUUCUAAUGAAUGAAAACAAAACAAAACAAAAAGAGUAGGCAGUCUUUUCAAGUGAAAAUAGAUAUUUCAUGUCUUUUGUAGAAGAUCUCCAAAGAUCUUUUGGGGCUGUAACUUCUUUUGUAAAUAAUGAUAUAUGGUAUCUCCGUCUUCACUUUCCUAUAUAGCCAAUGGGCCUCCCUUCUUUGUGUUAAAGUGCCUUUGCACUUUAAGUACAUUACUUAAAUGUUGCUUUUAGCUUUGAUCAAUUGAACAUAUUUUAAUGUGUUGUAUUUUUUGAAAUUAAAAAUACUGUAAAAUAGAUUGAUAUGUCAGCUAUAUUAAAUCAAAGUACAGUUUGCUUGAGUUAUAGAAACCAGCCUGUCAUCAAAUGAUUCUAGUUCUAGGAUUUUAUAUAGUUAACUGUAAAAUAUUUCCUUUCCUCUGGGUUUGUUUUAAGUGAUUCUAUUUAAAGUCAACUAAGGGGACUUAACAGUGGACUAGAGGUCAUAAACUGCCUCAGUCAGGAUUAGUAAUUCAUUAAUAAAAUAUAUUUAAC